GUCGCGGAAGUAUGGGGACAAAUGGGAGCUGCAUCAGGGAAACGGCGGAGGAGGCGGCCAUGCAGCGUGUAAAGCAACCAAGCACAUGGUGUAGAAAUUAGCUAGUGCAGAUAUACCCUAAAGAAAGCUGUACGUAGACCCUUCCCUGAUUGUCCAGCCAGUAGAUGAGCAUCCUGGACUUCCUUGCAAGUUCCUAGAACGCUACAGCGAAUGCUGGAGUACAAGCAAUCUGGGGCACGUUUCGAGGAAUGACUCGGCUGCAUUUGGUGAAAAGAACACAAGUCCCUUUCUAUGAGGAAUGCAAAAGGCUGUUGAGAAGAAUGCCCCCAAGUGUCAAAGAUAACAUGAGGAACCUGUUGCUCCUUCUCCUAGCGGCCUUUGGACUUUGCUGGACCCAGUACAAGUCGAAUCCGAAACCUGUAAGGACGUCUAUCGUCCACCUCUUUGAAUGGCGCUGGAUUGACAUUGCUCUUGAAUGUGAGCGUUAUUUGGCACCAAAUGGAUUUGCAGGUGUUCAGGUUUCUCCUCCCAAUGAGAACCUUGUAGUUAUGAGUCCUUGGAGACCGUGGUGGGAAAGAUACCAGCCAAUCAGUUACAAGUUAUGUUCACGUUCUGGGAACGAAAAUGAGUUUAGAGACAUGGUGACCAGAUGCAACAAUGUUGGAGUACAUAUUUAUGUGGAUGCUGUAAUCAACCAUAUGUGUGGCUCUGGAGCUGGCUCAGGCUACCAUGGUAUCUGUGGUAGCUAUUUCAAUGCAGGGAGCCGAGAUUUCCCUGCUGUCCCAUACUCUAGCUAUGAUUUCAAUGACAGAAUAUGUCAAACAGCCAGUGGAGAUAUUGAAAAUUACAGUGAUCCUAUUCAGGUUCGCAACUGUCGCCUCUCUGGUCUUGUUGACCUUACCCAAAGAAGAGAGGAUGUGCGUUCCAAAAUAGCUGAAUAUAUGAACCACAUGAUUGAUAUUGGGGUUGCAGGGUUCCGAAUUGAUGCUUCCAAGCACAUAUGGCCUAUGGACAUAAAUGCUAUUUUAAGCAAACUAAAUAAUCUAAACACACGCUGGUUCACCAAAGGUUCACGACCUUUCAUCUAUCAGGAGGUAAUUGACUUGGGUGGUGAAGCAGUCCGAAGCUCUGAAUACUUCAGAAAUGGUCAUGUGACCGAAUUUAAAUAUGGCGCACAGCUCGGGACUGUCCUUCGCAAGUGGAAUGGAGAAAAGAUGGCAGAUUUGAAGAGCUGGGGAGAAAAUUGGAGUCUGAUGCCUUCUGACAAAGCCGUUGUCUUUGUAGAUAACCAUGACAACCAGAGGGGACACGGUGCUGGUGGGGCCUCCAUUCUCACUUUCUGGAAUCCCAGACUCUAUAAGAUGGCCGUUAGCUUUAUGCUUGCUCAUCCCUAUGGAUUUACACGAAUAAUGUCAAGCUACUGGUGGCCAAGAGAUAUCCAGAAUGGAAAGGACUUUAAUGACUGGGUUGGGCCACCAAGCAAUGUUGAUGGAUCGAUCAAGCCGGUUACGAUUAACCCGAAUGGCACUUGCGGCAAUGACUGGGUCUGUGAACAUCGUUGGGAUCAAAUUAGGAAAAUGGUGACAUUCCGAAAUGUCGUAUAUGGCCAGCCGAUUACACAGUGGUGGGACAACAGUAACCAUCAGGUGGCCUUUGAGCGGGACGGCAAAGGAUUUGUUGUGUUUAAUAAUGAUGACAGGAACUUGUCAGCAGUCCUCCCAACGGGUCUCCCCCCUGGUGUUUACUGUGACAUUAUUUCAGGGCAAAAGGAAGGCAGCCUCUGCACUGGAAUCCAGAUCCGCGUUGCUACGAACGGCACUGCUCAUUUUCAGAUUAACAGCCGAGCUGAAGAUCCAUUCAUUGCAAUUCAUGUUGAAGCCAAAUUGUAAUCCACACUGAACGCUCAUUUCUCUUGCCUGUUUUGUUUCGUUUCAUUUGCUUUUGGUAGGCGUUGUGCUCUGUGUAUUAUAAAGCUAAAUUUAAAAAAGCCCAUAAAUUAUCUACUCAGGAAUAAAUGUCGUUUGUGACACGA